UUUCAGGAAGGCUUUCUAAAUUUAACAAAUUAUUUUAAAUUGUUGCGAUUUUUUCAGUCGGGUUAUUCUGCCUCUUUCUGUUGAGGAAUAUGAAGUUGGGCAGCUGUGGUCAGUGGCAGAAGCAUCAAAAGCUGAAACGGGUGGUGGAGAAGGUGUGGAGGUUUUGAAAAAUGAACCAUUCGAUAAUAACCCACUUUUACAUGGGCAAUAUUUUUUAAAUAUUUUUUCUAGUAAUCUUUAUUGUAUUUUUAGAAAAGUUCCAUCACUGCUUCGAAAAGUUGCUCCAAAAGGAUCACUUGCAAUUCAUGAGGAAUGGGGCGACAAAAAUGGUUGCAUUUCUUUUCCAUUUCAGAAUCCAGAUUAUAUGAAAGAAUGUUUUUUUGUGAAAAUUGAAUCUCUUCAUUUACCAGAUCGGGGAACAACCGAAAAUGCACAUGGUCUUUCAAAAGAAGAACUUUUAAAACGAGAAGUAAUAUAUAUUAGAGGUUUAUAAUUUUAUAAUAUUUAAUUUUUUCAGGAUAUAAAGCCAGAAACUUCGCCAUCCAAAUUCAAGUCCACAAAGACGGGUCGAGGUCCAUUAAUGAAUAACUGGAGACAAACUGUUCAGCCGGUUAUGUGUGCCUAUAAAUUAGUUACUGUAUAUUUUAAAUGUUGUUACGGGUUUUUCUUUAUCUUUUAUGGUUAUUUUAAGCAAUAUCCGCGUUUAUUUUCGAAGUUUCAUCGUGAAGUAUUUUGUUGGAUUGACAAUUGGUACGGUUUGACUAUGACAGAUAUCCUUUUUUUCCUUAGUUUCUCGAUAUUUGAUUUUCUUCA